ACCCCCGACAGGCCCCCGGCUACGCUUCACUGAUCCGCGUCCGUUUUACCCAACACACCUUGGGGCGCCAGUUCUGGCCAGUUUUCCACCUUUUUGUCUUAUUCCAACGUCUUGCCUCGACGAUCUGAUAGAUCGAAGUGUUAAGAAGAUAUCCAGGUCCCUUUAAGAAGUGUAAAAGUGGACCAAGAUGGUUGGAGUUAAGGAGUAUACGGUGUGUUUGGCCGUCCUUUUCGUCAUUCCUACAGUGGUGCUCGGUGCCCUGCCCUUCCAGUGUUACGGGUGCACAGGUCGGUACACAGACGACUGUAUCUCUAACAAGGACAUCGUCAACUGUACCCGCGGACAGGACACAUGUAUGAUGGAGGUCAUCAACUUCAAGUCAUCCCUACAGAGGAGAUACACCAAAAUGUGCACCACCCGCAGUGCCUGCCAGCAGGCCAAGAGCAGGUACAGUAAGGGGUGUCACAAUGCUGAGGGCGCCAUCUGUGUCACCUGCUGCAACACCGCUCGCUGUAACGUCCGCCCCGACCCCACCUACGGACCGGACUGGGUCCGACUCAGCCGCAGGAACGCCGGCGUGUACGUGUCUCCAGGGGGCGCUGUUGUCAUGACCGUACUUACCGUGUUAACCAUGCACCUGGUGUUUCACUAGUUCAGUACUGUAAAUCUUAAAAUGUUCAGCGCGGUGAUCUUUUUUUAUGGCAAAAUCAUGAUAGUUACCUGAAUGUUCUGUUUUUAUCCUGCUGUACUACAGAAUUGUAUCACAAAAAUCAAACGCUCCUUUUCCCUCCUACUGCAAAAUAAAGCCAUGGCAAAAGUAAAUACAUUUACAGUAUCAGAACACCCAAUUUCACAGGUUAUGGUUGUACUGUUGUAGUGUGCAAAUUCUGGUAUGUAUUUCUUUUGUAAUCCUGAAAAAAGGACAGAAUAUUGUCAAAUCAUGCAAGUGCCUUGAAAAAUGUCCCGGGGACGCUUCCAUCAUGAAUGUCCUUACCUUGUUAACCAUACACCAACUGCUGCCGCACCGCGUGCCUGUGAAGCUGGUGUGUUAUGCCGGAGGGCGGUUAUACCGGCUAUAUAGAUACAGAUACACCUGGUAUGCCACUAAUACAGUAUUGUACACAUUAAAAAUGUUCGCAGUGGUUUUAUUUUUGCAAUGACCUCUUACCACAAAAUCAUAGCACCAAAUGUUUUGCUCUUCUCCUACUGUACUAUAUAGUUUCAACUGCGAACAUCAAACAUUGAGAAAACCUCCAUUCCCUCCACAAAUAAAGCCAUGGAAAAAAUAAAUGCAUUUACGGUACAGCAUCAUCAGAACACCUUGUCUCAAAGGUUUUUACUAUUGUACAUUGUCAAAUAGUGUUAGAAUUCUGAAAUGUAUUCCAUUUGGAAGAAUACUAAUUCUGCAAAAAGGACAGAAUAUUGUAGAAUUAUGCAAGUGCCUUUGAAAUCUUUUACAUUUUCUAGCGACUAGUUUCUCAACAGUCAUUGGGUGCAGUGCAAAUGUAAAAUCUGCAAUGGUAUAUUUGCAAUUUUUUUAUAUUUUCGAUAUUUUAUGUGCUUUGGAGCUGAGAUAUUAAAGUAAAGUAACAGUGUUUUAGAAUUCUAUAGCCUAGAAUAGUGUGUUUACAUACUUAGUAGUAAAAUCAGUACUAUGCAGUAACAGAUUACACAUUUUGUAUCAUUGUACAAUAUAGCCAGUAAAUAUGUUGUUUGGUGGUUGAAUUUUGUAUCAUAAUUUUUCCUUUUCUACGACUAUGGGAACAUGCAAUAGUUUGGACAUUGACGAGACUGUAUGUAUGAAAUCACAAGAAUGAUGCCUUCUUUUAUCCUUCAGAAUCUCCGACUUUUAUUUUCAAAAUAUAUCAAUGACAAGAAACAGGGUCUUCCCAAAGUAUCCCCAAAAUGUACUCCUAACAACUGUUCAAAUACACAUAGAAGCAUGUCCAACUUGACGCACAAAUGUGAAGAUAUAUGAGUUUUGUUUCCUUUCUUUCCUGAUACAUUAUGUUUUUUGUUUGCAUAUGAAACAACAAAGACAAUGUAUACCAUGUACUUGGGGUUUUAUACAAAAUAUACUUUGUACAAAAGGAA